GGACCUCUCUCACAUCGCCUCUAUGGAGCACAUUGGCAUAUACGAGGAGUCAGUUGCUCCUGUAUUCAUGCCAUGGCCCGUUCAAAACUCCGAGACCAUUUUACAGCAGCCUUGGACCACAGUUUCUGGCUAUCCACAGCUUGCCUCUGACGAUAAUCGCGUCAACGACCGAGUCCAAUCGAACACAUCAUCUGCGCUAGGUGGUUUCGACGGCAGUACGCGUCCUGAAGAGGUCAUUCGUAUGCCAACUGAGACGACUUGCUGCAGCGACAUUCCUCGUGUCGACGAGACGUCGCCCGAAAAUGAGGUCGGACACAAGUCAUCAGACAAGAAAAAACGCAGGACGACAGACAAGAAUCGAAGGCCAUGUGCAUACUGCCAAAGUCUUCAAAAGAAGUGUGUCGUCAUUCGCGAAGCACCUCGUCUCUGCCAACGGUGUGCUAACAAGAGUUAUAAAGAGUGUCCGCCGCACGAAACGAGAAAAACCAACGUCGAGAAAAUUCCAACCCUGGGUCUCUCCGCACCCUAUUCUGGAAUGGGUGUCUUCAAACUGAGCGACUGAGUUCUUACAAAUGACCAUUGAUUACUGGUGCAAACCCAUCGUCCAAGCUUAGCUCGAUUUCGUCGAGCGUUCCUUUAUUUACAUGGCUGCGCUUCGUUUCUUGAAGAAAUGUAUCCUGUCUGAAACGCCAGUAUAUUUUUAUUGGGUACACGUCCGUAGUAGCAUGUCCAAGUAAAUGCAAGCCCAAAGAAUUGGAUCGAAGGGGAGUCUCGCGCUCAACUGGUCUUCUU